AUGCAGACAGGCAAGAAUACAGGAUCAUCCGUCAAGGAGUCGGCGGCGAACAUGGCCGCCUCCGCCAAAGCUGGAAUGGAAAAGACCAAAGCCACCCUUCAAGAGAAGGGAGAGAAGAUGACUGCUCAUGACCCGAUGCAGAAGGAGAUGGCUAGGGAGAAGAAGGAGGAGAGGAAACACGAAGCUGAGUAUGAGAAGGAAGCGGCUCGUGAGCACAACGCUGCACAGAGACAGGCGGGAGGAACCACCAGUGUUACCGGCCACCACACCGGCACCGGCGGCACCUACCUGUGA